CUCAGCCAUAUCUUCCCUCUCUUCUUGACUCCUCCUUCUUCACUUCCUUGCAACUCUUCCGAUCGUGUUUAUCGACCAACAUUGUAUCUGGACAACAUCAGGGAAUUUCAGGAUGUCGAUGGACCUUGAUGCUCCAGUUGCCCUUCCUUCUGUGAACAAGCCACAAGCAGCAACCAUCCUCUGCUGUAACUGUGGCGCUCCCAUCGAUGGAACUGCCUCCGCAGGUGCUUUAUGUUACGACUGUAUCAAACUCACUGUCGACGUGUCAGAAGGGAUUCAAAGGGAAGGCGUACUUCACACAUGCCGGGAUUGCGAAAGAUGGCUGAGCCCACCCUCACAGUGGGUAUCGGCAGCCCCAGAGAGUAGAGAACUACUGGCAUUAUGUCUACGGAAACUUCGAGGUCUUAACAAAGUUCGAAUCAUCGACGCUAAUUUCCUCUGGACGGAGCCACACUCCAGGCGGAUCAAGGUCAAGAUUACUGUCCAACAAGAGGCUUAUGAAGGAACAAUCUUGCAGCAAACUUUCGAGGUGGAGUAUGUGGUCGCCUUCCAACAAUGUCCAGAAUGCGCCAAGUCAUAUACACCCAACGUAUGGCGAGCCUCGGUCCAAGUUCGACAGAAAGUGCCUCAUAAGCGAACAUUUUUGUACCUCGAGCAGCUGGUCCUCAAACACCAAGCACAUAAAGACACGAUCAACAUCAGGGAAGUCAAGGACGGGCUGGAUUUCUACUUCUCCCAACGAAAUCAUGCAGAAAAAUUUGUCGACUUCCUCACCUCCGUGACACCGGUCAGAGUAAAGAAGUCCCAGGAACUCAUUUCCAUGGACAUCCAUACCUCGACGAAAUCAUAUAAAUUCACAUUCUCGUGCGAACUAUUACCGAUAUGCAAAGAUGAUCUGGUUGCCUUGCCUAUCAAGAUGGCUAAGUCCAUUGGCAACAUUGCGCCCUUGACCCUUUGUUACAGGGUGGGCACGUCGGUCAAUCUGCUGGAUCCGACAACACUACAGACAGCAGACAUGCCGACAUCCACCUACUGGCGUACGCCUUUCAAGAGCCUUGCAGAUGUGCAGGAACUUGUGGAGUUUGUUGUCCUCGACAUCGAACCUUUAGGCACCCAAAAUGGUCGAUUUUUUGGAGCCGAGGCCACAGUAGCAAGGGCUUCAGAUCUUGGCUCUAACGACAAGACCUACUACUGCAGAACACAUCUCGGUGGAGUGUUGCAUGCUGGGGAUUCAGUGCUUGGUUACCAUUUGACGGGGACAAACUUCAACAAUCCGCAGUUCGAGGAUUUGGAGCAAAGCAACAAUUACUCUUCGACCAUUCCAGACGUGAUACUAGUCAAGAAGUUCUACGCCAGGAAGAAGAAACCAAAGAGCAGAAGCUGGAGGCUGAGGCGGAUGGCCAAGGAUGAGGGCGAACUACUGCCGAAGAAGGCCGAUCAGGAUAGGAUGGAUGCCGACUACGAAAUGUUCUUGCGAGAUGUGGAGGAAGAUGUAGAGCUCAGACAAACGUUAGCGUUGUACAAGGCGAAGCAUCAGAAGAAGAAGGAUGCAGAUGAGAUGAGCAUGGUGACUGGGGAGAGCAGUGAGGAUGAAGUGCCUCAGAUCAACAUGGAUGAGCUUCUGGAUGACUUUGAAGAUCUCGAUGUGAACGACGAGGUAUGAUUGGGGAACAGGGUAAUAUGAUACCAAGGUCUGCACCGACAUGAUUUGACAAUGGAGUGUUUGAAGCAUCACUCGAAUCAAUCAAUUACCUCGUGCAGCCUCGUCGACUUCCGACUACCACUCACAUGUCCCAUAUGAUGUCAUAUGACCUUCAGUUAGUCACUAGUGCGCGUAGAUAUAAAUUUGGAUUCCGCGUGGUGACUUGAGUCAGUGAUCAAGUGGUUCGAUACC